AUGAAGAAACAGUGGAAAGGAAAAGACUUAAGUGACCAGCUUUGGGAGUGCGGUAGAGCAACAACAGUCAAUCAUUUUAACAGAGCAAUGGAUGAGUUGAAGAAGAUUAAUGAAGAGGCUCAUGCUUGGGUGUGUAAGAUCCCAGUAAACACUUGGGCUAAAUCUCACUUUAGUGGAAGGGCACAUACUGACUGUUUGUUGAAUAACCUUUGUGAGGAAAUAGAUAAGUGUGAAGGACUUCUAAACCCUAUUGCAACUACAGUGUUUGAAAAGAUUAAGACUGAUGCAGCUAAGUAUGUGGCUAAAUACAAUGGGGCAGGAAAGUACUAUGUGGUAAACUUGAAUGACCAAAGUUGCGGUUGUAGGUUUUUGGAGAUUACAGGUUUCCCAUGUAGACAUGUUGUUUGUGCUAUAUGGGAUAAAAUUGAAAAUGGUGAAAAUGCCCCACAUGUUGAUGAAUGGGUCCAUCCUUGCUAUAGGUUAUCAACAUGGAAAGCCAUCUAUUUCAACAAAAUUGAUCCAUUGAAUGGACGUUCAAUGUGGCCUAAAAGUGACUGCCCAUUCACUUUACAUCCACCAAAACAUAGAACACAGGUUGGAAGGCCUAAGAAGAAGAGAAGGAGGGGUGUUGAUGAGCCAAAUAGCCAAGCUGGUAGAUUGAGCAGGAAAUAUCUGGCAGUCACUUGUUCUAAGUGUCAUAACAAAUGGCACAAUUCCAGAACAUGUAAAGGGUAG